AUGCGUACCUCGCAAAUCCUGGCCCUCGUGGCUGUCCUUCCUUCCACUCUUGCCGCCUACAAGGGCUUCAACUAUGGCUCAACCGGCCGAGGCCAGGCUGCUUUCGAGGGCGAAUUCAACUCCGCAAAGAACCUCGCCGGCUCCAGCUAUACCUCUGCCCGCCUGUACACCAUGAUUCAAGACGGAACUACAAACACUCCCAUCUCUGCUAUUCCCGCUGCUAUCAGCACCGGCACUUCUCUCCUUCUCGGUCUCUGGGCAUCUGGAGGCGAUGCUCAAUUCGCGAAUGAAAUUGCUGCUUUAAAAGCCGCCAUUUCGCAAUAUGGCAGCGCAUUCACCGACCUCAUUGCGGGUAUCAGUGUUGGUUCUGAAGAUAUUUACCGCGUCACUCCAAUCGGUAUUGCGAACAAUGCUGGUGUCGGCGUCGGUCCAGAUACCAUCAUCAACUAUAUCGAUCAGGUGCGCUCGGCAAUCGCCGGCACUGGCGCUGCUGGCAAGCCUGUCGGCCACGUCGAUACCUACAAUGUUUGGACCAACUCGAGCCAAAACGCUUUGAUCGGAGCUGUAGACUUCGUCGCCUGUGACGCCUAUCCUUAUUACGAAACCACAAAACCCAACGGGAUCGAAAACGCCAACGCAACCUUCUGGGAUGAUUAUCAGCAGACAGUUGCGUCGAGCCAGGGAAAACCUGUCUGGAUCACCGAGACCGGUUGGCCCGUGUCUGGUCCCACUAGUAAUCAAGCUGUGGCCUCGGUCGAGAACGCGAAGAUCUAUUACGACGAUGUCGCUUGCCAUGCCUUCGCCAACGGCAUCAACAUCUGGUAUUACAUUCUUCAAGAUACCGGUGCGAGCCCGAGCUUCGGUCUCGUUGGCGCUGGUACUCCUCCACCUACCACUCCUCUCUUCAGCCUCGCUUGCUAG